UAGAAUUCGCUGUCAUGUGAUACAAUCACCUGUCAUACCUGUGUUUUUGAUCGAGUGCACAAUGGCUCAAGCUGCGUCUAAAACAUGCGAAGUUUGCGUGAGUGCCCCUGGAUCUCACUAUUGCAUAGACUGUGAGGAAUACUAUUGUGAAAAUUGUAAGUUGCUACAUAAUAGGCAGAAGUUAUCGAGAAACCAUCAGUUUCAAAAAGCCUCCGACCUGAUCCCGGAAGGUAAAUCUAGAUGUAGUGAACACAAAGAAGAAUUAACCUUAAUGUGUAGUACAUGCAAUGUACCGGUAUGUACCAGUUGUGUGACAGGAAAACACAAUAAGCAUGAAUUUUCCAAAUUUGUCAAUGCAAUUGCUCAACUACGAGGAGAUAAUGAAACGAAAAUACGUGCCAAGACAAACGAAGCAGAUCAAAAUAUGAGGAAGAUUGAGAAUAGCUUGACAUCGUUUGAUAUUGCCGUUGAUUCUGUUAUUAAAGCCAUUAUCGUUGAAAGCAGCAUGAUUAAACGUAUGCUUGAUAAAUAUGUGGCUGAAAUGAUUGCCUUAGUGAAAGAACAAUCCAAGAAGGAGAAGGACAAACUUAUAAUUAUGCUGUCUGAAGCUAAAUCGGUACUUGUGGCUGGACAGACAUUAGACAGAAGGAGACAGGAACUAGAUAAGACAAGACAUGAUGGGACUUUGGUACAAAAGAUGAAAAAUCUGAAAGAAGAAAUCAACAAACUACAUCUAUAUUCUCUUCCAGAGUUUCCAAAUAUAUCCUUCAAUCCUAAAUCUGUAGCUGAAGAUGACAUCAGACAACUGAUAGGUACUUAUACUUUAAGCAAUUGUUCACCAGUCUUAGAAAAAGAAGAGAAACGCCUUUCAAACUUAUACAGAUGUGUUAAUUGUGGGUAA